UUACCCCAUGCCUUUUUAUUAAGGUUUUCUAUUACGACAUUUUUUUUGCAGAAGUAAAUUAAUCCACGAAUACUAAUUUAAUUUGACAAAUAUCUUAGAUGAACACGUCUUCAUUAAUUUGAUUAUGUAUACUAGAAGCCUAUUCAAAAAACAGUAUGGGAUUUACACCAGGAAUUAGGCGGGACUUUCAUAGGGUAUACAGAGGCAGUUAGGAACGUAAGAGACAGCUGCAUACACAGCAUUACAGUCAAGACUAUUCAUUAAUUGUAUGUUAAAAUAAACUGUUCGUAAUUGUACUGUUUUUCAACCAUUCAGGCCUGCUAUAUUUGGCCUUCUAAACGUUGAAAUGAAUAAACACGCUUGGUUAGAGUGAUAUUCAGGCGUUGUCCACUGGCGAGGUGCUGAAAUCCCUGCCAACGGUCUAUUGUUGUGUCAAAUUAGGUUACUAGACAGCAAAACUGUAUUUUAUUCAUAUUUUUCGCGGGUGAUGUCAUAAUCAUUGAGUAGAGGUCAGAGAAUUCUAAUAGGUGGACUUGAUUCACUGCUAGCCCAUGUGUGUACAUGCCCUUCAUACUUAGUAAUGUGAAUAUCAGUAGCAUACUUAGCAGAAUCACAUCAACCAGUGUGGCCUCUCUCCCAGCCUGACUCUCCUCCUGCGUUAACCACGCGGUGUCACUGUUCACCAGUAAAUGUCUCAGCUCUGUUCAGAGGGAGCCAGGACAUUCUCGUCCAGCCCUGCUGCAGAACAGAUCUGUUUCAGCUUCAACAAACAUGCCUCUUUAUUUUAUAACAACGAUCAUUCUCUGAACAACUGGCUGCUACACGGGAUUUUUGUACACUCAUUAAUAGUAUCCGAGUGUAUAAGGAGUCUAUGUCUGGCUGGAAGUCAACGUUCAGAAUGCAUCGGGAAAAAAGGUGUUUCUCGGCUGUCUUUGUUUUUUGUACGUUAUGGAGCAGCACUUUGUCCGUGACUCGGUACUCCAUACCCGAGGAGAUGGAGAGGGGGUCCGUCGUGGCCAAUUUAGCCGCAGAUUUGGGUCUGGAGGUUGGAGUUCUGGCUCAUCGCGAGGUAAAACUUGAAAUGUUCCAAGAAAGCAAUAAAUAUCUGGAUGUCAACAAAAAGACAGGGGAGCUCUACAUUGUUGAAAAGAUGGACAGAGAAUACCUCUGCCCAUCGAAAACCGCAACAACAUGUUUUGUUAAACUCGACGUUAUCAUUGAAAGUCCCUUGCGCAUUUUCAAUAUCGAGCUAGAAAUCAAAGAUAUCAAUGAUAAUGCUCCUCAUUUUCGUAGAGACAGGGUGGAGCUUGAUGUUUCAGAGUCGGCUACCCCGGGUGAGAGAUUCUCCUUGCCAAAUGCCGUGGACCCAGAUGGUGGUAUAAACACUGUAAAAAUGUACAAACUCAGUGAAAGCGAACAUUUCACAAUCGAAAUUCAGACUGGGAGUGAUGGUACUAAAUACGUUGACAUGGUUUUGACAAAGGCUUUAGAUCGAGAGGAGCACGCCGUUCAUCAUCUAAUAUUGACCGCUGUAGAUGGCGGGGUUCCUGCGCGCUCGGGUAAAGCUAAUAUCAUUGUUAGGGUGCUAGAUACCAACGACAACGCCCCUCGAUUCGACCACCCGGUUUAUUCCGUUAAUAUGACAGAGAACUCCCCGAUUGGAACGCUAGUAAUGAAGCUUAACGCCACAGAUUUAGAUGAGGGCCCAAAUGCAGAAAUCAAGUAUUCAUUCACACUUUACACAUCAGAGAAAACACAAGACGUCUUUGCACUAAAUCCAAACACAGGAGAGAUAACAGUGAAGGGCACUAUUGAUUAUGAAGACACGACGUUUUACGAGAUGCAUGUUGAGGCUAAGGACAAAGGACAGCAUCCCCUAUUGGGGCAGUGUAAAGUUGUAGUGCGCGUUACAGAUAUGAACGACAACUAUCCCGAUAUCACCGUUAAAUCCUAUAAGAGCACAGUUAAUGAGAAUAUUCCCGUGGGGACAGUCAUAGCUAUCGUAGGGAUAAGCGAUAGGGACACAGGUGACAAUGGCAAAGUCAGCCUAUCUAUAAACCAAAACCUGCCAUUUGUUUUGAACAAGUCCUCUGACGUCCUUUAUGAGCUCAAAGUCUCAGAGCCAUUAGACCGUGAGCAAGUGCCAGAAUAUGACAUCACACUCGUUGUGACCGAUGGAGGAACGCCCCCCUUGUCUGAUAAUGAAACGAUAACUUUACAUCUAUUGGAUGUCAAUGAUAACGGGCCAGUCUUUCCUCAGUCGUUCUACACUAUACCCGUUAUAGAGAAUAAUGCACCCGGGGCCUUGCUAAGUUCCCUCACUGCGUUUGAUCCAGACCUCCAUGAAAACCAGUAUCUAGUUUAUUUCAUCAUAGAGAAGGAGAUAGUGAACACCUCCAUGUCCAUGCUGUUCUCCAUCAAUCCGGAGAACGGUAAUCUUUACGCACUAAAGACGUUUGACUAUGAGAUAGAGAAGGAGUUCCUUUUCCACAUUGAGGCCAGAGACUCUGGUGUUCCUCCGCUCAGCAGUAACGUGACUGUCCACAUCAUUAGUGUGGACCAGAACGACAAUCCCCCGGUCAUAGUGUCUCCGUGGCGCGCGCACGGCUCCGUGGUGGAGGAGAAGAUCCCCAGAUCCACCGAUAAAGGAUCCCUGGUCUCCAAGGUGAUAGCCAUAGACACGGACUCGGUCCAGAACUCUCGAAUUACAUACCAGUUUCUACAGGUUACUGACGCCACCUUAUUCAGUCUGGACCAAUACAACGGAGAGAUACGUACUAUGAGAAUGUUCAGUUACAGAGAUCCGCGUCAUCAACGGCUGGUUGUCAUCGCCAAGGACAACGGGGACCCUGCUCUCUCUGCUACAGUUACCAUAAAGCUCUCAACAGUGGAGACUGCCGUUAAAGCCUACUCUGACAUGACUGAAGUGCCUCUAGAAUAUGACAUAUUUUCAGAUUUAAACCUGUAUUUGGUGAUCGGCCUGGGCUCAGUGUCCUUUUUGUUAUUGAUCACCAUAUUGGUCACCUGUGUGCUGAAGUGUCAGAAACCAAUGCCAAGUAAAGCGGCCCCUCCCAGUAGGAACAGCGUGAUCAGCGAGAGGAAUUCGACUAUCGCGGAUUCCACCCUGGUCUCCAACGAUGCCUACUGGUACAGUCUGUUUCUAGCAGAGACGAGGAAAGGAAAGCUGGUAGUCAGACAGCCUGUGCCAAAGGCGGGUUCCAGAUACAUCGUGUCCAGUCUACCAAGGAGCACUGGCCUGACAGAGACCAGCGACUCAGCGGCCUCUACUUUGCAGUACCCUAAGUGAGGGAAGUCCACUCUGCAGCUGGAGGGGUCGACCACCACUGGCAGCAGUUCCUCGUAAGGCUCCAUCCCCAUUGGUCCGCUGAAGUGACAUCAGGAGGAAUCCAAGUCCACUGAAGAAAGGAACCCCAUCCUUACCCUACUCAGCCCCCUCCCCUAAACGCCCAGCCCCUCAGUGAUACUCCAACUGCACCCCCUUGGCCCCACAAUAACUGUACCCCAAGGACCUAAAGGACACUAUAGUGACCCCGUCCCCAAUCCCCUGUCCCUUAGCCAUGCCCCAAUCUCUUUUUAAGCACACGCUAGCCCCAAUCAACUUCACAAGUCUUUUAGCGUCCAUUCAACAUGCAUGAUUCUUGCAUGGCUCUGGCCCAUCACUGUGGGCCCUUCGUAUUUCAAGAGAAAAGACACUAGAGACACAGAAUGAACAAGUAGAGGUACCACUGGACAUACAAAAGGAGUUCCAAACAGCCACUAUGAACUAACAGAGACGGACAUGGGGAUGUGGAGUUGUCUUCAAAGAUAGUAACCCAUCUCAGAAAAAUAUGUUAGGCUUUCCACUUCAGUGUUUCUUCUUGGUCAGGCAGCGCAAAGGUGUGGAGAUGUAUAAUCAAGCAAACAAAAAAACGUGUAAAGAAAUAUGUCAGAUGGCUAAGUAGCUACAGAGGAUUAAUAACAGUAUAGGACUGAAAGGGAAUUAGUAUUGUGUGAGGUGAUGUGAUGUAGAAGUAGGUAAUUUAGUCGUUUUCUGUAGUGUACAAAGACCUUGUGCUACAUGUGAGUGAGACACUCUUUAGAAUACUUUUGUCAUCCAAUUUAUCAAACAAGGAAAUAGGGGAGGGUUAAUUAGAAAUGCCAUGAUGCUUAGUUUGUUACAAGUGUACUGAUUUAAGUGUGAGGCACGUGACAUCCCCGGCAACUUUGAGAGAGAAGAAAAAACACACUUUUACGUUCCUUUUCAUUUCUUAUUUUUCAAACUAUGUACAAAAUGUGACUGCUAAACAAAAUGAAAUGCCAAUAUUUACAGUACUACAGUAACUACUAUUAUCUCUGCUUUAAGUUAUGAUCAAGGCAAGUCUAUAAUUAGUGCUUUGUGUAGCCUAUAUUAUCUAUCGGUGGUGCAAUGUGUAGUCAUUCUUUUUUAUGUAUUGUACUGUAUCCUAUGGCGAUUUGUUAUAUAUGGGUACCAUUACAUCCAUGAUGAAUUA